CCCUGACAUUCCGUGAUGUAAAUUAUUCCACGCAUGGCUCGAAAUGGGUUCGAAGCAGUGUUGCCAGGUGUUGGAUCACUAGUUUGUCAUGGAUGAUGAUGAUGAUUCGUGUCUCCUUGAUCUUAUUGGAGACCCACAAGCAUUGAACUAUUUUCUUCAUGGACCUAGUAAUAAAUCUAGCAACGAUGACUUGACUAAUACAGGAUAUUCUGCAGCCAACUCAAAUUCCAUUUUCGCCAACUCUAGUAAUGCUGAUCCUAAGUCAUCCCUCAAAGGUGUGAGUAAUCAGCUUGGAGAAGGCCCCAGUGAUGGACUGCCGCUUUCAACUAGCCUUCAGUUUCUUGAAGAUGAACUUGAGUCUUCUCCUCUUCCUGAUCUCAGUGAGGACCAACCUUUCGACAUUCUUCAGAAAUCCUUGCAGGAAGCCAAUAUUACUGAACAGACAUUGGCAGAAGAGGCAUAUUUGGAUGCCAGUAUAGGUUCCAGCCAACAGUUUGCACAGGCUCAGCUUCAUCCUUCUUCAUCAGCAUCCUUUACUCAGGCUUCUAAUGUUUCUAAUUACUCAGGUCAGACGCUGCAGCCUAUAGGGGUGACUCACGUGCCUGUCGGAGCAUCGUUUGCAAGCAAUACAGUGGGUGUGCAACAUGGCUUUAUGCAACACGUGGGGAUCAGUGUUCCCAGCCAGCAUUUGUCAAAUAGUAGUCAGAUUAGUGGUUCUGGUCAAAUACAAUUAAUAGGGUCAUUUGGGAAUCAACCUUCUAUGAUGACUAUUAACAACCUAGAUGGAUCUCAAAUCAUAUUAAAGGGCAGUGGGCAGCAAGCCCCAUCAAAUGUGAGUGGAGGGCUGCUGGUUCACAGACAGACUCCCAAUGGCAACUCUUUGUUUGGAAACUCCAGUUCCAGUCCAGUAGCACAGCCCGUUACAGUUCCAUUUAACAGCACAAAUUUCCAAACGUCUUUACCUGUGCAUAACAUUAUCAUACAAAGGGGUCUUGCACCAAAUUCAAAUAAAGUCCCAAUUAAUAUCCAGCCAAAGCCUAUCCAAAUGGGUCAGCAAAAUACAUACAAUGUGAACAAUUUGGGAAUACAGCAGCACCAUGUACAGCCAGGCAUCUCUUUUGCCUCUGCAAGCUCACCCCAGGGCUCAGUAGUUGGCCCACAUAUGUCUGUGAACGUUGUAAAUCAACAGAACACAAGAAAACCAGUCACCUCACAGGCAGUGAGCAGUGCUGGGGGUAGUAUCGUUAUUCAUUCGCCCAUGGGCCAGCCUCAUGCACCCCAAAGUCAGUUCCUUAUACCUACAAGCCUUGCCGUCAGUUCUAACUCGGUACACCACGUCCAGACCAUAAAUGGGCAACUUCUUCAGACUCAACCCUCUCAGCUCAUUUCUGGCCAAGUGGCCUCAGAGCAUGUCAUGUUGAACAGAAACUCUUCCAACAUGCUCAGGACCAACCAACCAUAUUCUGGACAGAUGCUCAACAACCAGAAUACCGCCGUCCAGUUAGUAUCUGGGCAGACGUUUGCUGCCUCUGGAAGUCCAGUGAUAGUCAAUCAUGCUUCUCCUCAGAUUGUUGGUGGGCAGAUGCCCUUGCAGCAGGCAUCACCUACCGUAUUACAUCUGUCACCUGGGCAGAGCAGUGUCUCCCAAGGAAGACCUGGCUUUACCGCCAUGCCCUCAGUGACAAGCAUGGCAGGACCUAGUCGAUUCCCUGUUGUCAGCUCAUCCAGCACUGCCCAUCCCAGUCUUGGCUCUGCAGUUCAGUCUGGUGCAUCAGGAUCAAACUUUACCGGAGAUCAGCUGACCCAGCCAAAUAGGACUCCAGUACCAGUCAGUGUGUCUCAUCGUCUUCCAGUUUCUUCUUCCAAGUCUACCAGCACCUUCAGUAACACACCUGGAGCAGGAACCCAGCAACAAUUCUUCUGUCAGGCUCAGAAAAAGACUUUGACUCAGACGUCCCCCAUCUCAGCUUCCAAGACCACAGAUGGCCUGAGGCCAGUGCAGAUCCCCAGCCUCCUGAGCAGCACAUUGCCAGGGCAGGACUCUGGAAGCAAAGUUAUGCCAGUAUCACUAGGAACCACACAGACACAGCAGGACAAAGGAGUGGGAUCAUCUCCUGGCCAGCCAACUGUGCAGGUGGACAGUCAUACGGGAGGACAGAAAAGGCCAGCUGCAAAACAACUAACAAAAGGAGCUUUCAUCCUCCAGCAGUUACAGAGGGACCAAGCCCAUGCCGUGACCCCUGACAAGAGUCAGUUCCGAUCACUAAGUGAUGCAGUGCAGAGGCUUGUCUCCUACCAUGUGUGCCAGGGCUCCGUGCCUACCGAGGAGGAUCUGAGGAAAGUGGACAAUGAAUUUGAAACUGUUGCCACUCAGCUGCUAAAAAGGACCCAAGCUAUGCUUAACAAAUACAGAUGUCUACUCCUGGAAGAUGCCAUGCGGAUCGACCCCUCUGCGGAGAUGGUGAUGAUUGAUAGAAUGUUCAACCAGGAAGAAAGAGCUUCUCUGUCCCGGGACAGGCGACUGGCACUUGUAGAUCCUGAUGGCUUCCAGGCUGAUUUCUGUUGUUCCUUCAAACUUGAUAAAGCCACUCAUGAAACCCAGUUUGGCAGAAGUGACCAGCAUGGCAGUAAAACGACCAGCUCCUUACACCUGACGACCAAGGCCCAGAGCAGAGACCGAGCCAAACCAGGCAUGGCAGAACCCACAAAUCAUGACCAAUUUCAUCUAGUGCCUAAUCACAUUGUGGUCUCCGCAGAAGGAAACAUUUCUAAAAAAACUGAAUGCCUUGGCAGAGCACUGAAAUUUGACAAAGUGGGCUUAGUCCAAUACCGGAGUGCAUCCGAAGAGAAAACUAGCCGGAGAGACUCCAUGAAGGCCAGUGAGUGCUCUCCCGGCCCCGAAGGACCCCGGAAAACCUCAUCCAGACCAGAUCAUGGUCCUGAGAGCAAGCUCUCAGGUAUAGCUGUAGAUUCUCACUUGGAGAUGACGUGUAACAAUUCCUUCCAAGACAAAACUCUGAGGAAUUCUCCAAAGAAUGAAGUUUUACACACAGACAUCAUGAAAGGAUCAGGCGAACCCCAGCCAGACCUCCAACUCAGUAAGAGUCUAGAAACAACAUUUAAGAACAUUUUAGAACUCAAAAAGGCCGGGAGGCAGCCCCAGAGUGACCCCACGGUUAGCGGCUCUGUUGAGUUAGAUUUUCCCAACUUUUCACCAAUGGCUUUGCAGGAAAACUGCUUGGAGAAGUUCAUCCCGGACCACAGCGAAGGCGUUGUAGAAACUGACUCCAUUUUAGAAGCAGCUGUAAAUAGUAUCCUAGAGUGUUAAUAGCAACAAUCGACCC